AUGUCUGGUUUGGGAGGUGACUUUGGCCGCAGAUUCGUUCGUGAAACAUGGACUCUGUAUGCCGUUGGCAUCUUGGGUGCCGUGCUGCGAUUCACUGCACGAAUCCGACGGUUGGGCAUCCGAAAUCUGCAGAGUGAUGACUACCUGAUGGUAUUUGCUAUUUUCUGGUACACGCUUCUUUGUGUCUCGUUGAAUCAAGUCGCCACUGGCGGCGGGUCGAAUCUGAUGACCGAGGAGGAUAUUCGAACCAUGACAGCCCAAAUCCAUGCUGAGCGGGAGCGUGGUAGCAAAUGGGUGUUUGUCUCGGAGCAUUCUUUUGUACUCACCGUGUGGAGCUUGAAGGCGUGCAUGCUGGUGAUCUAUGGGCGUAUCACUGAAGGACUGCGUCAACGACGUUGGAUCAACUACAUCGCUAUUUACGUUGCCGUGGGAUUUGUCGCGACGGAGCUGUCGCUCUUUUUGAUCUGUCGCCCGCUGUCAAACUACUGGGCCGUCCCAACCCCGAACUACCAAUGCUCCUCAUAUCAACACUACGAGAUUGUCCAAGGAUGCAUCUCCAUCUCCGCCGAUUUCUUCAUGCUCCUCGUUGCCAUCCCACUCCUAAUCCAAGUGCGGGUUCCAGUCAAGCAAAAGCUAAUCCUCGUCCUCCUCUUUGGCAUGGGAAUCUUCGUCAUUAUCGCCGCGAUCCUAACAAAAGUCUACUGCCUGGUCCCUUCACUAAUCUCAUACGUCUACAUGAACUGGUACUUCCGCGAAGCAACAGUCGCAAUCCUCGUGACCAACCUGCCCCUGAUCUGGUCGCUUCUGCGCGAUGUGUUCCCAGCCCUGAAGAGCUGGACGGGGGGAUCGAAGAGAGGCACCGAUCGGUACAAGUCCGGGCCAUGGGCCAGCAAGGCCUCCGAUCUUCGGCCGUAUGGGCCAUCCAGCCAGCUGCGCUCGGGCGAGUUUGGCAUGCAGGAUAUGGGGCGCAGCGCGACUGUGCCACCCCAGAAGGCGACUGUUUCUGAUACCAGUCUGCCCAGCGACGAGCGUGAUAUCAGCAGUGAUGAUGGUUCUGCGCGUGCUUUGCGUAUUCGUCAGGAUAUCACUGUCACUGUGCACCAUGACUCGCGGCCGCCUGAUUAUGAGUCGAGUUCGACGCAUGUUGCGCGUGGAUCCGAGCAAGUCUAG